UAAAAUAGAUGUUCUUCAAAGUCCUUGUUUAUCCAUGACAAUAGUUCGUUUAUUUUCGUGUUAUGCGGGUAAUAAAUACACGUAAAAAAUGUAUUUACGCAAUGUUAAGUGUUUUAUUUCAAUAAUAAUCACUAUAUUAAUGACUAAUUACGUCAAAUCAACAUGUAUUGAAAGUAAAUCAGUGUGCACUUGCAUUCGGUCUGAUGGAAAAGGUUAUGAUUUAUCGCCCUUAAAACAUGAAAGUCCUAUUUUUAGUGCUCUAAAUAAUUUUGUGUUCCAACCUUGUAAAAAUAUUGAUUUGACGUUCAAAGGUUCAGUUAAAAGCGACUGUAAAUCUUCUUCAGUGUGUAUGAAUAACAAAACUGAAUCUGUAAAUCUAGGAACAAUUGAAGAGUCAGAAUGGGAAUUAUCUAAUGAUAAUGACGUAUAUUUAGUAUUCAAACAUGGAAAAUAUAUCACAAAAAUAAAUUUAGUAUAUUGCCAUAAUUGUAGUUCUACGUUAAUUGUUCAAAAUUCUUCUCUCUCAACUUAUAAACUUGUUCUUGUAUCGCCAAAAUGCGGUUUAGUCAUGUUAAGACCCAGAGGACUUUCUACAGGUUCAGUUCUGGUUAUUUUAUUCCUUGUAUUUAGCAGUCUAUAUUUCAUUGGAGGUGCAAUGGCACUUAAGUUUUUCCGAGGUGCUGUCGGCUGGGAGUUAAUUCCGAAUUAUGACUUUUGGUCUGAUCUUCCUGUACUCGUGAGGGACGGCGUAACUUUUACUCUUAGCGGUUGUACAGCUGUGAGUUAUGAAAGAAUAUAAUUAUAUAUUUAAAAAAAACAUUGGAGAUAUUAACGUAAGUUCCAAUAAUUAUUUUUUUAAUUUUUCAAAAAUAUUUUAUAAUAUGUAAAACUGUUACUUUAUUUUAUGUCGUUAAUAGAUUUGAUACAUUAUAUUGAGAAGUAAUUAAUUUUUAUUAUACUGGUUUAUUAGUGUUUCUCUCAAGUCUUCUUUGAAGUUUAAAUGAAAUUUUCUCUUCUGAUCAGAGCUGUUUUAAUUUAAAUCACAUGGAUUAAAUACUUUUGAUAAACACACAGAGGCCUUCUUUUUCAUAUACUCAACAGUAAUUAUAGCUCGUAUAAAUGUGUGAAACUAUCGAUAAAAGAUAGGAGAAAUUGAAAGCUAUCUUUGAAGGGUAUAAUUAUCGAAUAUCGUAUUCAAUAAUGUGACUUUCGUACUAAUCGUUUGGAGUGUAUGAUACUCUUGGAAGUAGUUAAAUAAAAAUGAAAGUAAAAAAAAGAAA